AUGGUUGGUGCUUCUUGCAAGCGUAAUGAUGAAUUGAAGAAAGCUCACGCGGAUGGCAUUGCCCAUUUGAUUUCUAUUAAUGAACUCGAGACAGGGCCUGGACUUAAUCAGAUUGGCACUUUACAACAAGCUGCUGAUACGCGUUGGAGUUCUCAUUUCAGAUCAUUAUCAAGUUUGAUCAGGAUGUUCAGUGCAGCAUGUGUGGUGUUGCUCAAAGUUAUGGAGGAUGAGCUUCCUUUCCAACGAGCCGAUGCAACAUCUAUUUAUGAUGAAAUGAUUUUGUUCGAUUUUGUAUUUAUCUUACAUCUAAUGAGUGAGAUUAUGGGGAUCACAGAUUUUCUUUGCCAAACUUUACAAAGGAAGUCUCAAGACAUUUCGAAUGCAAUGGAGCUUGUGUCAUCUACAAAAAGAUUACUACAAGAGUUAAUGGAUGACAAGUGGGAUAAUUUGCUUGAAAAAGUGAAGUCUUUUUGUGUGGCUCGUAACAUUAAUAUUCCUGAUUUUAGUGCUCAGUAUGUUGAUAGACGACGUCGAGCUUAUGGUCAUCAAGACAUUACCAUUGGACAUCAUUAUCGAGUAGACUUUUUUUAUGAUGCGAUCAAUUCACAAAUGCAAGAAAUUAAUGCGUGUUUUAGUGAAGAUGCGACAGAAUUGCUCAUGCUUAGUUCUGCCUUAAAUCCUCAAAAUGUAUCUGCGGCUUUGAGAAUACAAGAUAUAUGCAAAUUGGUUGGCAAGUUUUAUGCACAAGAUUUUACAAGUGAAGGAAAAGAGAGUUUGAAGAUGCAACUGAAACAUUAUGAGCAUAAUGUAGUCAAAGGGCCAGACUUCAAAACUCUUUCAACCAUUUCUGAGUUGUGUCAAUGGUUGGUAAAGACUAAUAAAUCUACUACAUACGACCUCAUUUUUAGAGUGAUCGUACUUGUGCUUACUCUUCCAGUUUCUACUGCUACUGCAGAACGAUCAUUCUCAGCUAUGAAUAUCGUCAAGACUAGGCUUCGAAGCAAAAUGGAGGAUGAUGCUUAA